AUGCCUGCCAACAACAACGCUCCCACAACUCUCCGGGCUGCGCUCAACAGCCUCUCGGUCGCCAAUGCGCGGCUCUACGCCGGUAUGGGUUACGAGAAAAAGACCAAGAAUCAGUGCAUCAAGCACCUCGUCGAAAACCCCGAUCGGGUUCCGCCCACGAUCUGGCAGCCGCCCGCGCCGGUGGCCCAAGUCGUCCCCCAGGGCCAACAAGUUCCCCCGGCCGGCCAGGCGCCGCCCGUCCUCACUCAGGCGGACAUCGCGGCCGUCCUCACCGCCCAUCUCGCGCCUGUGGUGGACAGGCUCGACCAGCUUGAAUCGUCUGGUCCUCCUGCUGCAGGUGAGUCUCCCGCUCCCCCUACACCCGCAGGGUAUACCGCGCCGGCUGCCGAGUCCAACGGCACCACCGUCGCCGACAUUCGGGUUUUCGCCCCUCUCGCCACCCCGGCUGUGCUCUCGGCGGUUUUGGAGAAUCGUCUCCCUGUUUCCGAGUUCUGGAAGCUGGUCGUGGAGGAGGAGGAUGGGGACGUGCGGGACAAGGAGAAGGAGAAGUCCGGGAAGACCCCGGCCAAGGUCCGAUUCACUUGCCUCGCGGACAUCCUGUCCGCUUGGCUGGCUUACGCCCAGAUCAGGGACCAGGUCGAGGCGGGUAUGGCCAAGUUCCUCCUGGGCCACGCCCAUAUCCUCAUGCGGCUCGACCGAGACAACCCGGGCGAAUUCCCGGCCGUCCUCAACUAUCAUCUUAAGACCGCCCAGCGCCGCCUCCACGUCGGCGCGGACUUCCCCCUCGCAGACUGGCUCAAGUGGGAUUCCGAAGCUUUCGGACGGGACUUCCAAAGCUUCGCCAACGCCUACGCCGCUGCCCGCGCCAUUGUCCCUACCCCUUCUACCCCCAGUGGCCGGCAAUCCGCCUCGGUCUAUCGUUCCCCCGCGUCCGCUGGCGUUUUCCGCCUGUCCUCCAUCGGCAAGGUGACUUCCCAGAAACCCUGUUUCCUUUGGAAUAGGAUGGAGGCCUGCAUGGGGGACGCGUCCUCACUGCCUCGAGCCUUCAGGUUCGGCGCCCAAGAGGGCUCGGUGGUCGAGGUAGGGGGCGCAAGAGACAGGACCGAAGUAGGAGGAUGGAGCAUAGGAGAGGGGAACCGGGUUGGUGUGAAAUAG